AUGGUGAUAGUCAGAAGACGUUGAGGAGAGAACGAUGGUGCCUCGGCGGUGUAAGGAAGCAGCUUGUCGUACAUGCGAACCUUCGGCGACCACAACUCAGCUUCUCAAUCGGCGAUGGAUUCAGCAGGCUCCAUAGAUGGGACAUUGGCAUGUUUCUUGUGUUGGUCGACGGUAUCUGAACGCUCUCAGGGUAACACGUCGUGACCCCACUACCCCUCAUCGAUUCAGACGCCACAGCCUCGCUGCAAACUUCACAUCCAACAUGUCAACAACAUCCACUUCACUAAAGUCCGCUCGUGUGAAGACUCGGUUCCUCAUCAUCUCUGACACUCAUUCUGCUUCUCCUUCCGACAAUGGCACGAACAAUGACGUAUCGUUCCGACCACCACUACCAAAAGCGGACGUGCUACUCCAUUGCGGCGACCUGACUAUGAUCGGUCACCUGGACGAAUAUGAGACAACCCUCAACAUGCUGGAGAGCAUCGAUGCGGAUUUGAAACUUGUUAUAGCUGGCAAUCACGAUAUAACCCUCGACGAAGAGUACUACGUCAGAAAAGGCCCACACAUGCAUAGAAGCGGAUAUGAUAGGGGCCUGCCAGCAAAAGCGAGAAAUAUGUGGACGGGCGAACGAGCUAAGAAAGCCGGUGUAACAUACUUGGACGAAGGAACACACCAAUUUGCGCUACAGAAUGGAGCGAAUCUGCGGGUUUACGCAUCUCCAUACCAGCCAGAGUUUUGCGACUUCGCGUUUCCCUACUUCCGAAAUCAAGACCGCUUCAACCCUCCCCACCAGUGUACGCCUUAUACCGUCCCCAUCGCCGAUAAUCCUGUCCCAGAUUUCCCCAACAUUGACGUUAUGAUGACCCACGGGCCGCCCAUGGGAGUCUUGGACGAGACUGAUAGGGGUGAACACGUUGGUUGCGAACAUCUACUACGUGCUGCUCGACGCUGCAAGCCAAGACUAUACUGUUUCGGACACAUACAUGAAGGGUGGGGUGCGCAAAGAGUGCAAUGGAACAAUAGUGACGAGUUGGACGUCAAGAUCGAGGAGCAUAUAGAAGCUGCUGAGGCUAUGCAUGUAGACCAUGAGACGGCGAAAGAAGGGAGAGCAGCGAGUGUGAAUAUCAGUCAGGGUAGCAAUACUGCGGUCGAAUUCGGAAAACAGACUCUAAUGGUCAACGCUAGCAUCAUGACCGUUCGGUACAAGCCUUGGAAUGCGCCGUGGCUUGUUGAUCUGGACCUUGAGGCAGCCAAGUGAUUACACCUAUUUGCACAUAUGGAGGUUCGUCUAUAAGCACACGAAAAGCUUCGGGUUCAUGGCUUUCUCUAUCUGUACAAGCAAGAAUCCGGAUUCAAUGAGCAAUGAGCAUGGAGCAUGGUUGAGGAAAGACGUUUGAGGACUACAAGUCCGGACAGGGCAAUCCUACUCAGUACUCCUUGAU